CAGCAGCUGCUCUGCCCUGGGGAAGGUCUUACAGGCAGCAGGGUAAAGAAUACUGCUGUGCCCUGCCACUAGUCUUACAGAAACGACACAAUGCCCGUCAUCUGUGCGGCCACCGGAUGCAACAAUAAGUUCGUGAAAGGGUCGGAAAUACGAUUUUACAGGUUCCCGCUCAGCAAACCUCAACUUGCCAGCAAAUGGGUUCACAGCCUGGGGAUGAAAAACUUCAUCCCAACCAUCAACACCUGCCUCUGCUCCGAGCAUUUCAGGUCCGACUGCUUCAGGGACUACAACGGUAAACAGUUUCUGCGAGAGGAUGCAGUUCCCACUGUCUUCACCGGACAGGAUUCAUCAAAGAUUGAACUUCGUAAACGAGGAGUGGUACCAAAGGAGACGCCUGUCGUUAAUCAAAUUGGAACUCAAGCUGACAAAGACAAAGCGAGAGAAGCUGCAAAUCUACGCAGAGACAAGAGAGGAGGAAUGAGGGGGGGACGAGGUGGCCGCGGAGGAAAACAGCUGUCCGACAGGCAGCCACUUGCAGCCAAAAGCCGAGUGUACGAUAACAAAGGUCAGCUGCUCGCCAACGGCAAGGACAUGUGUGACUGUCUGGACGUGGACUGCAUGGGCUGUUUCUACCCUUGCCCUGAAUGCGGCUCACGCAAGUGUGGAGUGGAGUGCCGCUGCGACAGGAAGUGGCUUUACGAGCAGGUGGAGGUCGAGGGCGGAGAGAUAAUCCGCAACAAGUUUGCUCUUUAGUUGACAGUGACUCUUAGGUUUUAAAGAUGGAUCCAGAGGGAUUCUGGGAAACAUUCAGCUCCAGGUCAUUCUGGUUUACAGACAGACUUUGACGCUGUGUAAAGGGAUCCUCCACUUACAUCAUGUUCUGCAAAGCUGCCGCCUGUGGCAGGAAACAUAACAGAACCACGUACGACGUAUUCUGCUGAAUGUCAAAUGUGCUUUUCCUAGUUUUUUCCUUUUAGCCUUUUUUAAAAAAAAUCAGUUUUAUGGAACAGCUUGUGUCAAUAAACGUUUCAUAUUUGACGUCUGCUCUGUUGAUUUAUCUUAACAUCUGCAGCUGGUGCCUGUGAAAUUAUCUCAAAUUCCACUUUGUGCAGUGAGAUGCUGAAUUUUGAUUCUUU